CCCUUUGAGCAGCAACCCGGUAGUCACCGUCACCUCGUCCGGGCCAGAGCUCUAAGAAAUCUGGACCCUGCUUCCCAGACUUCUGCAGGUUUUUCAGCCCUGGACUAUAUUUCUCUGAAGGCAUCACUGCAAGACUCAAGCUCUGGUAACCUCUUUGCGAUUUUCUAGAACCUCUGGGAAGUCACUUGAGUAAAAUGAAAUAGUUCGGCUCACACCGCAGCAGCGUGAGUUCCCGGGUUCAAGCAAGGGAGACCCGAGGCGCGCCCGAUUCCGGACCACAGGACGUGGCCAGCUGCCUCUGGAUUCUGUUGGAUCGGGCCGGGUUCAUGUUUAAGACUACAUUUCCCGGAGGCCACCGCGUCCCUGCGCCAUUUCGUACACUUACUCCGUUACUCCUUGGUUUAAGGAUCCAGUCUGCAGCGGUAGGUGAGUGCUCUACCUCGCUGGGACCCGCACGCUGCCUUUGGGUUGGAGCAUCCAGAAGGAAGUUCCUGUAAGGUGCUGGGAAUACCGGUGUGCCGGCUGGGGCUCGGUGCUGACAGGAAUCGAGACGAUCCUGGCUCUGGACUACGUAUCUCCAACUUCGUAGCACUCAGGUUAAUUCCUUACGGAAGUCGGCCUUGCCAGUGCGGAGUGGCUGUGCCCUUCUCCGCUGGUCGUCGGUCCUGUCACUUCGGUUCCUAGCGGCAGAGGCGUGGUGCUAUCAGCUGUGUUCCUCUGCGCCGCAGGUAUGAGUGUGCACUUCGCGUCGCUCUCCUCCGGCAAAAGCGGCGCUGUGACUUUGGUUCCCGGCCAACGGGAGCAGGGAGAUGUUAUCAUGAACGUUCCACAGUGCUGGGUGUGUGAGUGUGCGCGCGCUUUUGUGGCAGCGUGACGGGCUCACCUGCCGCCUUCUAACGCACUUGGCUGCUGUGCCCCUUUAGUGACUGUGUACUCUCCCGCCGUGAGACAGGGACAGAGUCUCGCCAGUUGAGAAUCGCGCGGUUCCAGGUGCCGCAGUUCCUUCACUUUACAGAGAACGAGGCUAUUCUGAAGAUGCCCCUACAAUGAGAGUUUAUGCCCCAGGAAGGCAGAAGACCAUCCUAACAGGAUGCCCCAUUCUACUUUGAGAACCCUAUGGGGAAAAACUGAUCCCUCUCUCAGCCUGAAGUUGUUGUGGGAAUUGGUCCUAAACUGUUUGGUCGGCUCUGGGAAAGGCUUGAUAUCCUUUGAUUCUUUUUUCUCUGUUCUACUUUUUCCAACAGAAGCAUACAGAGGAAAGGAAAAAAAUAUUGCACAGCUAAAAGUCUCUUCUAAACCCUGCUCUCCUCUUAGGACUCUGCACAUCUCCAGGAGAGGAACCAGAAAGUUGAUCAGUUCUGACAGUUCUGAAAACCAUGCCUCACACUUGGAAUACAGCUGUGAGACCAAAAGGUCAUGUCCAGAAAAGGGAACUUAUGAAAUGGAAUCACUGCAAUGGGAGAAUAUGAGGAAACCUAUAAGCCAUAACCUUGAGUGCAAUGAUCUUGGAGAAAAUACAGAGUGCAAAGGCAAGUUUGAGGAUCAACAGAGAAGUCAGGAAAGACCAUACAUGCGCAUGAAAAUUACCUGUAAAGAAGAGGCCACUCAAAGCCAUUCCAUGUCCCCUAUUCUUCAUCAGAUAAAUCCUACCAAGGAAAAAUUGUACAAAUGUAAGGAAUGUAAACAAGCUUUCAGCUACUUGUCAUGCCUUAUUCAACAUGAGAAAAGUCAUAAUAAAGCAAAACACUCUGACGUUAAGAAAUGUAGGAAGAUCUUCAGCAAGAAGCCAACCUAUAUUCAACAUCAGAGGAUUCAGAAUGGUGAGAAACCUUAUGAGUGUAUGGAAUGUGGAAAGGCCUUUGGUCGUAGCUCUGAUCUGAUUCAACAUCAGAAGAUUCAUACUAAUGAAAAACCUUAUCAAUGUAAAGCAUGUGGGAAGGCCUUUAUUCGUGGUUCACAACUCACUGAACAUCAGAGAGUUCAUACAGGAGAGAAACCAUAUGAAUGUAAGAAAUGUGGAAAAGCCUUUAGUUAUUGUUCACAAUAUACACUCCAUCAGAGAAUUCAUAGUGGUGAAAAACCUUAUGAAUGUAAGGAAUGUGGGAAGGCCUUUAUUCUUGGCUCUCAACUUACUUACCAUCUAAGAAUUCAUAGUGGUGAGAAACCCUAUGAGUGUAAGGAAUGUGGAAAGGCUUUUAUUCUUGGUUCACACCUUACUUAUCAUCAAAGAGUUCAUACUGGUGAAAAGCCUUACAGAUGUAAAGAAUGUGGGAAGGCCUUUUUAUGUGCCUCUCAACUUAAUGAACAUCAGAGAAUUCACACAGGUGAGAAACCCUAUGAAUGUAAAGAAUGUGGAAAGGCCUUUUCUCGUGGCUCACAACUUACUUAUCAUCUGAGAGUUCAUACAGGUGAGAGACCCUAUAAAUGCAAAGAAUGUGGGAAAGCCUUUAUUUCUAAUUCUAAUCUUACUCAACAUCAGAGAAUUCAUACAGGUGAGAAACCUUACAAAUGUAAGGAAUGUGGAAAGGCCUUUAUUUGUGGCAAACAACUUAGUGAACAUCAUAGAAUUCAUACAGGUGAGAAACCCUUUGAAUGUAAGGAAUGUGGAAAGACCUUUAUUCGUGGUGCAUAUCUUACUCAACAUGAGAAAAUUCAUGGUGAGAAGCAUUAUGAAUGUAAGGAAUGUGGGAAGACCUUUUUUCGUACCACACAACUUACAUAUCAUCAGAGAAUUCAUACAGGUGAAAAACCCUACAAAUGUAAGGAAUGUGACAAAGCUUUUAUUUAUGGCUCACAACUUAGUGAACACCAGAGAGUUCAUAGAGGUGAAAAACCCUAUGAAUGUAAGCAAUGUGGGAAGGCCUUUAUUCGUGGCUCACACCUUACUGAACAUCUAAGAACUCAUAAUGGUGAGAAACCCUAUGAAUGUAAGGAAUGUGGGAAGGCCUUCAGUCGUGGCUCAGAACUUACUCUACAUCAAAGGAUCCAUACUGGUGAGCAACCCUAUGCAUGCAUACAGUGUGGUAAAGACUUUAGACGUCAUUCACAACUUAUUCAACAUAUGAGGCUUCAUAAUUGAGAAAGCUUUAUAUAUGAUUUAAUAUAAGAAAGUCUUCACCCAUCUUCAGCAGCUCUGGAAUAUUAGAGAACUCAUAUUAUGUUUGUAAUGAAAUAGGACAUCCUUUUGAUUGUGUUCAAAAUCAACUCAUUUUUAGAAAGCUUAUAUUAACUUCAUGAAUGCAGAAAUAAAUGACUUCUGGAACCCAUUAAACAUUUUAAAAAAUCUCUAUAACCCUGGAAUGUAAUGCUCAAUUAUAUCCUUUUUUGAGCACCAUCUCUAUUUUAAUAUUUCCUAACUGUGAAAUUGGAUAGGUUACUUAACUUCUCUGUGCCUCCAUUUCUUUAUGUGUAAAAUACUAUAAUGGUAUAAUAAUGAUCAAAUUGUAAGUGAUUAAACACAUGUAACUCCCUUUGGACAGUAUCUGAUACUCAGUGUUAUUAUCAUUAUUAUUAUCAUCAUCAUUAUUAUUAUCAUCAUUAUUAAUGCUAUUAGAGAAGUCAAAUGGUAGGAAUAUUUUAUAAGUACCGUAGAAAGAUGUAAACAUUCUAUUACCAUCUAUCCACUUUUGAACCCAAAUAAUUUAUUCUAUGACAAGAGCUUUAGAACAUAAUAAGAGUAUGAAGGUCUCUAUUUUAGAGCUCAUAAAUUUUGCUGCACCAGAAAAUUCAUACUGGAAAGAAACUCUAUGGAAGAAAUUUCUUUACGGUUGUAGAGCUUUUUUAUAAAAUCAAGGAGAGGUGAUUUUUCUACAACAAAUUACAAAAGCAGAAGUCAUUAUUCCACAUUUUCUAAUUACUACUUUAAGGAUAAAAGAAUUUACCAACAAAAUGAUAGCGAAGUUAACGCCAUUAAAAAAAAACCUAUAAAAUAUUGUCUUAAAUGAGAAAUCAAAGCAAAAUUUACCAACUACGCUUCUUCCUCAUUAUCUGAACCUAAUCUAUUCCUGAUAACAGGUUGAACAGUAAAUUUUCAGAUGCCCAAACUUCAGAGCCUACCUACAUCCCAUUACUUCAAAUGGGAAAAAUAAUGUUUCCAAUGCAUUCAAGUACCCUAACCAAUUUUCCCAAACAUAAUUUAAAGUUAAACCACUUACAUGAAUUCUCUCAGGGAUUUCUGAAUAAUUUAAAACCCAGUUAACAAGUAACUAGUUAGCAGACAUGUUUGUGCAUGCAAUUAUUUUGAACAUUAUAAAGUAUGAAUUAUGUUUUUCUUCUACACUUCAAGGAACAGAUACUAUGAUGAUAUAUAAUGAAAUGUAUUAGUACAUAAUGGAAAUAAAUAAUUAGUAAAAUAAAAGAAAAUAAUAAUAAAAGUAAAAUAAAAGACAUUGAUAGAAGAAUUGAUACAAAAUUUCCCAAGACAAUAUUUUUCCAUAUGUGAGGCACUCUGCUGUUUUCUAUUACAUAGUCUGUAAUGAACACUGCAGCCCACCUAGUUGUCUUCACAACUUAAUAUUCAUUAUCCCCACUCUAAAAAACACUGGUUUUACAUAUAUAUUACAAAAUUAUAAUCUAAAUGUUAAUCCACCAUUUUUUAAAUAACGACAACAGAAAAGAUAAGUGUGAAUGAGAACCAUUAGAACACUCUGAAUCAUUAGUGUAACCACGGUGAUGCCAGUGCAGUCAUGCAUUCUCCACUCAGAUUAGACAAACUAUGCCAUCAUUGGUCAGUUGUUUACAAUUCAGGGACUACCAUUAUUGCCCAACUAAAUUUAAAGAAAAUGUAAAUAAUGGAAUGUAAGUAGAAUGUUAUGUGCUACAAUGAUAAUAGGUUAUUGAUAAUACCUCUGACAAGUAAUAUAUAUGCAUGUUAGCAGCCUUUUGCAGAAAAUGCCCAGAACCAGAUUUUCCUACGAUACAUUCAAGAAAUAAUAAUCAGGGCUUCCCUGGUGGUGCAGUGGUUGAGCGUCCGCCUGCCGAUGCAGGGGACACGGGUUCGUGCCCUGGUCCGGGAAGAUCCCACAUGCCGUGGAGCAGCUGGGCCCGUGAGCCAUGGCCGCUGAGCCUGCGCAUCCGGAGCCUGUGCUCUGCAACGGGAGAGGCCACAACAGUGAGAGGCCCAUGUACCACAAAAAAAAAAAAAAAAAAAAAAAAAUCU